AUGGAAGGUCUCAUUCCUGACUACAAACAUGUUACUGAUUCGGACGCGCCAGCCUUCGAUGUCAGUGAAGCAUUGGUUCCCCCGAGAGACUGCAAACCUGCCGGGUGUACUAAUGUUUCCUUUGACGGGCUUCUGGAAGAACCUUUACUUCUUGAGGAAGAUCUGAAAGAAGGAUGCGGGGGCCAACUCUGGCCGGCUGGCAUGGUGUUGGCUAAAUACCUGUUGACCCAGCAUCGCUCUGAUCUCAAGGGAACCAUUGUUGAGUUGGGGGCCGGUGGUGGACUUGUUGGACUAGCUGUCGCUCGCGGGUGCGAUAUCGGCUCGUCCCAAGUAUAUAUCACAGACCAAGCACCGAUGCUACCAUUGAUGGAAACAAACAUCCGACUCAACAAAUUAUCCUCUCAAGUCACCGCGACAAUACUGGACUGGGGGGAGCCACUUCCUCUUUGCAUACCCAAAAAUCCAUCAAUCAUUCUUGCCGCGGACUGCGUUUACUUCGAACCGGCAUUUCCUCUCUUGGUUGCGACGCUCCGAGAUUUGAUCGGACCAAACUCCCUUUGCUACUUUUGCUUCAAAAAGCGUAGACGAGCCGAUGUUCGUUUCAUGAAACUUGCAAAGAAGAUUUUCUUUAUUGAGGAAGUCCGUGACGACCCUGAGGCCGGGGCUUAUGGGCGUGAAAACAUUUUUCUUUACUUGAUCCGCCCCAAACACGACAAGAAAGCUUUGGAGAAGCAACCGCAGUAA